GGAGAGGAGGGGAGGGGGCCGGGGCGGCGCUCGGGGCCGCGGUACAAAUAGAGCGGCUGCGGGUGGCCCCUGCAGCCAUGCGGGUCCCGCUGCGCUCCGCACCCGCGCUGGUGCUCUGCGUCCUCGCCCUGCUCCGCCUCGGCUGCGCCCAAACCCGCGCAGCGCUCGGGGCACCCACCCGCGCACCCGCCCGCGCCCCGCCGCGCUGCCCCGCGCUGAUGCUGCAGCUCCUCCGCUCACCUCCCGCCCCGCUCCGCGCCGCAGCCGCCGCUGCUCUCAGCCUCUCCCCGCACGGCUCGGUGCAGAGCGGCUCCCGCUGGGCGCUCUCCUUCGAUAUGUCCUCGCUGUCCAGCAGCCAGGAGGUGAAUCUGGCCGAGCUCCGCAUCCUCCUGCCCCGGCUCUCCCCAGCCCACAACGUGUCCCUGGACAUCUACCACAGCCAACGGUGCCGGGGGGCCGGUUCCUGCCCACACCAGCUCCUCCUGGGCUCCGUGUCUGGCAGCCCCUCUUCCAUCCAGGCCCCUUGGAAAGUGUUUGAGGUCACCACGCUGCUCCGCUCCUGGCUGCACCAAGACGCAGCCCCUGGGUACCACACGGGAACGGAGCAGUGGGAUGCGGGUGCUCCAGACGCCUGGAGCGAUGCCGGCCACGGGGAUGUGAUGGACAGAGCCCUGCUGCUCGUGUUCUCCAAGGAUAAAUCACCGGGAGACCACAGCCUCAUCAGGACAGCGGAGACCUCCAAGCACGUCAUGCGGGAGAGCAGCAACCAGGGCAGCGUCCCAGGGAUGCGCCGGCAUCGCCGCACCAAGAAGGAGAAGCAAAGGAUCAAAGGGAGCGAUGCUGGUGCUGCCGUCGCGGCUGAGGAGGGCAGGCCCCUGUGCAGGAGGGUGGAUAUGAUGGUGGACUUCGAGCAGACGGGCUGGGGGAGCUGGAUUGUGUACCCCAAGAAGUACAACGCGUACCGGUGCGAAGGGCAGUGCCCAUCGCCCGUGGAUGAGACCUUCAAGCCCACCAACCACGCGUACAUACAGAGUUUGCUGCAGCUCUACAAGCCCAACCAUGUGCCCUGCCCCGUGUGCUCCCCGGUCAGGAUGAGUCCCCUCUCCAUGCUCUACUAUGAGAAGGGGGAAAUCGUCGUCCGCCACCACGAGGACAUGAUCAUCGAGGAGUGUGGCUGCAACUGAGGCUCAUCCCCUCUGCAAGGGGCACGGCUCUGCCCUGGAAGCAUCCCCAAGGACCCAACACACGGAGCGGGGUGCCUAUGGAGCGGGUUGGGGAAGCUCUGGCUGUGCCAGAGGAGGAGCGGGGUGUGCGGAUGGCCACGUGCAUGGAUGGAGCCAGGCUCCGCAUGGGAAGGGCCGUCAGACACCUCCCUGCAGCACCAGGGUGCUGGGUGCCCGGUGCUGGGUUAUCCAUGUGCCAGGGCUGGUGCUGCUCCGCAGGCGCAGGGAUGGACCCGUGGAGCAAGGCUCCUUCUGACACAACAGGAAUCGCAGUGGUGGGACACUGCAUACACCAUCAUACACCAUCAUACACCCAUCAUACACUGCAU